AUGCCGUUGGCUCGCUCGCUUUUGAGGCAACAGCCUCUGCCUGACUCUGCUUGCUCCCUGGGUCCCAUCUGGGGCCCAGGGAAAGGGAAGCGAGGCAAACGCAAGUCUCACGGGAAGAAACAGAAGAAGCCGGAAGUGGACAUUCUUAGCCCAGUGGCCAUGUUGAACCUGCAGUACAUCGCCCACAACGCUGCCCACUGCCUGUACCUGCGGGGCUUCCGCUGGCCAGGAGCCCCCAAGUCAAAGAAGGGGACCAAGACCUAA